UGGAGUUCAAAUCGAGACCUAAAUCCUCUUCUCCCCCCAAUUCUCAAACUCACUGUAGGAAUCGGGAUCGGGAAGGCAGAUCCAGACGACGCUUCCUCUUCCACGGAAAGCUGCGGCCGAGGUGGAGGACAGUGGGAGUGAGCAGCGGCGAGGAGUACCAUCUCAUUAUUGCUCCUCUCUUACAGCAGGCUCGAUUCGAGGAGAAAAGUCAUAUCUUUUUAUCAGAGCCCUAACUUCUCAGGGAAGUUCAUUGGCCAUAUCAGUUCGAUGCCGAAGAAGGGCAGGAAAAAAGCCGUCAAAAAAUCUCCUUUGAGGACCAAGCUUGACGAAAAUGUUUUUCCAAUCGAGAAUCGCACCAUGCAAUUCAAGAAGCGACAACUUGCUUUCAGUCAACGGGAAGUUGAGAUGAGAACUGCUGCAAUCAAAGCCAAUUGUGAAGUGGAGCUUGGAAGCUUGCUUUCAUGGGUGCGAUUACUUCCAUCGUACUUCAGCAAAGAUCAGUUGGACACUCCUGCACUGAAGUUUUUUCAAGAAAAUUUGCCAAAUGCUGCUCUAACCAGGAAUGAAAAAUACAAUGUUUUUGAGAUGCAAUGGAAUAGCAAAGAGAGUUGCUAUGAAGGUGGCAAAUACGAUCGGGCUUCAGUUAGCAAUGCUUUCACUAUACCAGCCAUGAGUGCUCUUCAGUUUUCAGUCGACACAGUGAAGAGGAAUCUGGAAGCUGCAAAUCUAUGGAUGAAUGAUUUUGGACUCGGUGAGCCAUCUGAAAGUGGACAAGCGACAUUCGAAACACCCGGGGCAACUACUGCUCGGUUAUCUUUUGGCAUGACACCCAAGACCUUAAGAUUACCAAAGAUCGGCGAGAUGAUCUUGUCUGUUCAUGGUUCACCUCUCGGCGUUUACAAAGAAGAGAUCUUGGAAGCCAUUCAUGAGUCUGGAGAUGGAAGUCAUGAAGAUGCUUGCUGAGGACAUAGACACAUCAUGUGCUCAGGAUUUACAUUGGAUUGGAAGAAAUCAGUGGAGCUUCUGUAGGAUGAUCUUUGAAAAGUUAACCAAAGAUGAAAAUUGGGAAACUGUGUCUCAUUUGUUUGUGAUGAAAUUGACUUUAAUUUGGUGUCAACUCAUUCGAUAAAUGGAUCUAAAGUAAGAAUGGUUUAAUAAAUAAGAAUAAUAUGACAAUUAUAUUGGUAAAAA